AGACUCGAGCUACCCACCAUGAAGACACGGGCCGCCGCAGCAGCCACAAUAGCUGCGCUCUUGGGCGGCUGCAUCGUGACGUUUUGUAGCGUCUCGGCAGCCGGACAUAACCUCCUGCGAGGCAACCCGGCAUCCGGCUUCCACAACAGCACUACCAGUCAGAAAAUAGGCGCUACCUCCGCUUCCUGGAGCUUCCCUAUGACCAGCAGUUUCCCAUCGUCCACAACCUCGGCGUACCUGACCACAGCGUCCCCGCCGACGUCGACUUACCUCAAAAACCACGCGACAACGUACUCCUCACCCGACUACGGACCGAAGCCAGCGGGGCCCAGCAAGCAAUCCCAAGCCGUCUACACCUACUACAAUGCACCCUCCACAACCACCACGUCCACAACCCCAGCUCCGUUCGCGUAUAACCUCCCUUACAACCCCAUGGACUACUACUUCGAGACUAAGGACGGAGCGAAGGUGAGUCAAGUCACGCCAGGCAUGUACAAGGUCAGUCACGGCCCAACGAACUCGCACAAGGCGACCCACGUCAGACCAGACGCGUACAAGGUGGCAUCUGCACCCACGACCAACUAUUACACGUCCGACUACGAAGACGAGGAGGAGGAACCCGACCGACAUCUCUCCCGGAUAGAGAAGAAGCCAGACUACGACUCGGUCGAGGCAUCGCCGACGUACAUCAAGACCAAAUACGGCUACACGACCAAGAACCCCCUGGUCAACGACGACCCCAAGGCAUCGGGUCUGAGCCGCGAUGGUGGUGCGGCCAGCUUCAAAGUCAAGGAUAAGGUCGUGGUCGAGAGCGACAAGAACUACGCGACAGCGACCAGUGAUCAUUAUGACUAUAAGGGAUACGACUACGCGGAUUUCGGCUACCCGGACUACGACCAUGGUUACCCGCCCUACGCUCACCGGCACAAGCACCACAGCAGCAAGGGACCCCUGGCUCUCUUGCUGGGGCUACUGCCACUAGGCCUGCUGAUGGCGGCGCUCGUGCCCAGUGUCAUCAAUUUGCCCGUGGCGGCUGUUGGUGUGGCCGGAAGGCGGCGCAGAGCAUCGGCGGACCAGACCCGUUACCGCAAUCCAAUCCUGGAGGUCAUCGCCAAGUUUGGAGUGAACAGUCUGGAAGAUCCCGAGUGUCUGCAGCAGAUAUUCUGCGAAGUCACGACAGAGGGAAAGACUACGGAGGCCAUGCUGAUCCAGAAGGUCUUCUAUGGCCUUUCUACAUUAGUCAGCGACCUGUGGGCAGAGAGGCUCGGUCUCGGGCAGCUUUUCAAGGCGGUGAAGAAGGGCAGUUGCGACGCCUUCCGCUGCUCCCCUCAGAGGCACAAGCCGAAGAAACCGACCAAGCCCAAGGACAGGAAACCCAAGGACGACAAGGCGAAGGAAGGAGGCUCCAAGGAAACACCCUCGAGAUAAAUGUAAAGCCCAGAUGACCCCAGCAACGCCUCGUCGCUUUCUUCCCCGCCCCCUCACCCGUUCUGUAAAUAAAUAAAGUUCGUCCAUAGACCAUUCCUCUAAUCGCCUUCUAAACGCUGCUAUCCUUGUUCACUGGGUCGUGGAACGCGUGUGGCCAAGCAGGUGCAGUUGCUCCUCUGCAAACACCAACACAAUGACUCGGUGUUUUGUGUUUUUUUUUUCUUGUGCGAUACGUGUUGACAAAUAAAUGGCAAUGCAAAAUAGA